AUGAUUUGUAAGCAGAUUGAUAGCAUGGUUCACACAUUUUAUACAAACAAUAAGAAUGAAGCUCCUUUCGAAAGAACAUUAAAAGAAAACGUUCAAAAAUUAGUUGAAACUGAUGAAAUAGACGACUUGGAUUUGUUUCCUUAUUACAACUCAAUCCGAGAGGAAAUUGAAUUCAAUUUACUCUUUACUUUAGAAAAGAGAAAACAACUCUUCCAACUUUCCAAAUUAAUGGACAACGAAAUUGAUGUAGAGGGAAUUAAAAAAGCGAUUGGUCAAGUUAAUGAAUUAAAGCAGAAAAACAAAGAAUUUGAAAAAUCGCUUCAAGACGAAAAAGAACAGAAAAAUCAAAUUCUUAAAGAAAACGAGACUUUAAAAACAGCGUUGACUACAACGAAAAAUGAAAACACAGAAUUGAAAACUCUUUUGCAAGAAAUGCCCGUGGGUGAACCAGAAAAUUUGCAACAAAUAUCUCUCGAUGGCGAAAUUUCAUAA